AUGGUAGAAGCCAAGCUGAACUAUUCAGUAUCCUUUAGAGGUAGUAUAAAGAAGUCUUGGUUGGUGGUUUGGAGUGCUUUGCUUAGUAUGGGAUGGUUCUCUUUGGCUGAAUCGGCUUUGAAUCCGGGUAUAGAUAAUAUGAAAAUAGGCCGAGUUUAUCAAAAGAAAGAAUCAAAAAUAUCGAGAAAUGUAAGUUUCGAGGGUUAUAAGAAACGAAUUACUAAGGAGCAUGCAGUUGAGUAUCUGCUUUUCAGUACUGCAACUAUACUGGAUUUUGAUGAAAUUAUGAAUGAACUUAGAAUUUCUAGUCCGAGAGAGAUAAUUGUCAAGGAAGGAUCAAAAGUUGAUAUGAAGGAUGUGACUUCGCUGUUAUCCAGAAUGCUUUAUAUUAGUGAGUGCAACCGACUGACAUUGGUCGGGCUUAGUAAUGAACAACCGGGCCCGCCGGUGGUUUGCUCUUAUAAUGGCUUGCGACGGGCCACACGGGAGAAGACAGUGGCUAUUCAGUUGAUGCGGAAAAGGGUACAGGGAGGAUUGUGUGUGGUAAUUGAGGAUUGUAGUGCGUUUGCUGUUGAUACGUUGUGUAAUCUGAUAGCUACAACACAAGUCUUGCGCGAACUUACGAUUAAAAACUGCCGGCCAAUUCAGUCGGUGUCUUGGGUUCCUUUGAUAAGUUGGAUCGGAAAGAUGAGGUGUACUUUGAGCUUCUGCACUUAUCUACACCCAACAGCCUUCACUAAUCUUCUGAAUGAGUUGUGUCGGCAUUGGGUUAGUAAGACGUUGCUGCAGGUUGUAAUUGAGAUGCCUGGUAGUAGCGAGACAGUGGCGCGUAAUAGUAUCACUCACAAAUGUGACCUUAGUAGUCUUGAUCUUGUUGUUAAUUUAGAUACUAUAACUCGGGUUUACCUGCAAAAUAUUCGGAUUACAGCUCUUCGAUCUUUAACUGUUGUUGGGAUGGACUGCUAUAUAGCUGACCAUACUGAUGUGAUUCAAGUUGGUUCAUUGGACCAGAGGAAGCUGAAGCUCAUUGAAACUACUAGGCUAAACGUCUAUCUAACCCAAUGUUAUAUUGGCAAUGAGACUAGAUGCCGCAAUAUACUGAAUAGUUGGGGUGUUAAAGCAGAAGUCCCGAUCGUCUUUGAAUAUCCCUUGGGUCUUCCGGAGAAGGCGCUAGAUGGCCUGGAUCUUUGUUUUAACUUCGGAGAUACAUGCACGGACCUAAGCAGGUGUUGUACUCGGCCAAGUACAUUCCGACAAAUUAACUUGAGCUUACUGGCUGAAGAGUCCAAAAAUUGGAAUAUUCUAGCCUGUUGCUAUGAGUCACGGGCUGAUGCUCAACUUAAGUACGACGAAAUAGAACUUACCUGGGGAAACACACAAUGCCAUGAGACCCAAACUCUUAUAGAAACUCUAACCAUUCAAACCGUGGCUUUAUUUGCUCAAAAGAGGGUUAGUGUCAUUCGCAUUAAACCUCUGACCGCUAAUUCACAACCGGCUUCUCUACACAAAUCUACCUCGCGCUUGAGUCUUCAAAGUUUCAGAUCAAUCCGUAAGACGUCAAGGGCUUCAGAUAGAAGCAUAGCGGCCGAAGCUGUCUGGUACUCGUCUAGUCCGGGCCUAACCGGCCACCCCACUCAUCUAACACUUGAAUUUGAUAGUGUCAAAGAAGAUUAUAUUAAGAAACUGCUGCUAAAAAGCCCCAUCCUCAAGUACUUCAAAGUAGUGAAGAUUUACAACACCCAUGACCUGAACUUAACAAGCCUUAUCAAGGCCUUUGCAUCCGUUGACACAAACAGGUUAGAGUGCAUACAAAUAGAUGCUUUCUGCAUCAAGUCUUUUGCAUACAACCCAGAUACCUGUUCGGCAGCGGCUCAGGCAGUCCUUCCUAAACUACACCUCAUUUUAGAUCAAGCUACUCUUCGCUUUCAUACCAAAGCCCUUAUUGCGCUCUUUAAGCAAGGAAUGCCGUUUUGUGUACCAUUCAACUUUCUCGCCACCAAGAAACUCGUAGAUAUGCUGACUAAGCCCAUCCUAGACGCCAUUUUUGAAAUUCAUCUCUACAAUGCCACCCCAGAUGAUUUCCAAACUGGAUACAUUGAGCGGUUCAAUAUAUCUCUGCUGCUCAAUGAUAAAAAGCUGAUAAUCUAUGUUGAACCUUUCGCUAUCUCUUCUGUCAACCACAACCGAAUAGCACUAUAUGUCUCAAAUCUGUACAGGCGGUAUAAUAACCUCACAAUCCGUGCGCCCAUCGAGAUGCAAUAUCUAUUUGCCAAGAAGCAAAGGCCAAGGGACUCACCAACCGCCUCCUCAACCGCGGGAUCAGUAGGAGCUGAAUCUCAAAACGCAUCUCUAGUCUCGUGCCCCGUCGGCCUAAUAUAA